ACUACCUGUGGAAGGAAAUGUGUUUUCAUAAUCACCGUUUUCAUUUUUGCCACUACACCGUCUAGAUCUCGGGUCCGCCAUGAGAGUUGCUCCUACUCUGUCACUCCUCUUUCUGGGUCUUUUUAUCAUGAAUUCUCACGUAGUUGGAGCUGUAAAGGACCCCUAUAAGAAGAUCAUCCCAAUUCUGAAAGAUGACAGAUCUCAGACGCCCUUUGGUGAAUACUCCUUCGCUUUCGAAACCGGCAACGGCAUCUCCCGCGAAGAGGUCGGCUCUCAGGCUGGUGGGCAGGUAGCCAACGGGAGAUGGAGCUAUACCUCUCCGGAAGGAGUACCAGUGGUGAUCACUUUCUUGGCUGACCAGGGCGGCUUCCAACCUACAGGAGCCGUUAUUCCAGUGCCUCCGCCGCUUCUUUAUCACAGAUCUGGUCAUUAAAAAUGGGAUGUGCUUAACUUUGGAACGCAGAUAUGGAUUAAGACUUUUGAAGCGUGAAAAAAUAAAGAAAAUAAAAGAAA